AUGAAGCUCCUCACUCUAACGUUGUGUACCUUCUGUCUUGUGUCGGCAAUCGGGGCAUCUACUUCACCUGACCCAAAUGUGGUGGCAGAGCAUAUGCAAGUCAAGCGCCCAAUUGGCGAAGCCAGUGAUGGCGUUGGUAGCCAAGCUGCGUUACGGUCGUCCUUCACACCCUUUGCAGAGCUUGCGCCGAGGCAAAAGGUCAUGGGUGUGAUCAACGCAAUAGCCGUCCUGAGAUCUAAGGCUGCCCUUCUUGAAGAAAUGAAGACCGCUUUCGAGCCCAGGACAAAUCCACAGCCAGCAAAGAUUCAACCCGGGAGUUCGCUUCCAGGACCGGCGCUAGCUUACGGCGAUUGUCGCUUAGGAAUACUUCCUUUUGAAGUUUGCAGGCACCUUGGCUUUCUUGAAAGUGAUCCAAUGGUUGCUCCCAGCUCAACACAGAGCAAACUGCUUAGACUUGUAGGGGCAAGUUCCCUCGUCGAUUCCUUUAAGAAAGGCCAAGUAAAUCUCCAUGAUGACCCGCAUUUGAACUCUACCUUAGGACCGCAGCUUCUCCAUUAUGCAAUACGAGCCCUUGGCGCCUUCUGGAAUUGCCAGCUGCUACUCCCGGCAUUCGACACCAGGGCCGCAAGCCCAGAGCAGACAAAAGAGGCAUUAUACUAUGCUGAUGCGUUUCUAUUCCAAGCCGCGAUGCAAGCCAAAAGUAUAAUUCGUUUCAGCCGUUCUGAAUACGAUGAUCUAGCUAGCUGGCUAGCAUUGUUGUUCUCAGACGCUGAGCCGAAUGCAAGUGCACACAGAGAAACAGAGCCACAGACUGCACAGGAAGUCCCCGCUGUGGUACCACCACAGGAGAAGAUAAUGCAAGCAGAGGAAGCCGUCGAUGAAGUGUCAACUAAAGAAAGGAGAUCGGGAAGUACGGCAGAAGACGUUCAAACGCGCUCGGCUCAGACAUCAGAUGUACCUCUCCACAGGAAGGAGGAUGGUGCGCAGGAAGACGGUGGGAUUUUCGGCGGUUUCCUGAGUCGCCUUUUCCCUUCUCCGUCACAGAAGCCUGCUCAGUCCUACCCAGUACCACAAGCCCAGCAAACACUCCAACCAAAAAGAGUGGAACUAGACGCAUCGCCCAUCACUUCCUUUUCCGCUCUCGCCAGUUCUGUGGGUGAGGGUCUGUCAUCCAUUGUCGCAAAUACAGCACGGAGUGCUGCUAAGCUAGUUCAAGGGGAGGCCUCUCCUGAAGGGCCUAAAGACCUUGUUACUGAUGAAGUGACUGAGAAGAGAGUCGGUGACAUCUUGAACUCGCUCCCCGAAAAAGUUAAUGGGCAGUUCUGA